AAUGACUAGUUGGAAUUACGUCGCUAAAGAGGGCAGGGAGGUUUGUGACGCAUACAACAAUUGUUUACCAAACUCUGUAUGUAGCGCUAAACGUAAUUAUCGUCGAAAUAUCGUCUCAUACAGUUUUGCCAGAUUAAAUUGCGCCUAUUUUGCCGUUUCUAACAGCGCACAGCGAAAACAAAACGGUGUUACGCGUUAAAGCUUACGUUACUUACACAUUUUGCGGAGAGGAUAGUUGACUUUCUUCGCAAACAUGAGAGGCGGUUCCUCUUAUGGAGACAGAGACCAUGGACGAGACAGGCCACGGUUUGGAGCCAUGAGCGGUCGCAGUGGACCCCCACCAAUGAAGUUUGGAAAUCCAGGUGAUCGUCUACGCAAGAAGAAGUGGAACCUGGAUGAUCUGCCAAAAUUUGAAAAGAAUUUCUACGCUGAACACCCUGAGGUCCAACACAUGAGUCAGUAUGACCUGGAAGAGUUUCGCAGGAAGAAGGAGAUCACCGUCAGAGGCUCUAACUGUCCAAAGGCGAUCCCCUCUUUUCAUCAGGCGCAGUUUCCUCAGUAUGUGAUCGAUGUGCUGAUACAGCAGAACUUCAAGGAGCCAACAGCGAUCCAGUCUCAGGGCUUCCCUGUGGCCCUGAGUGGCAGGGACAUGGUGGGGAUCGCACAGACUGGCUCUGGAAAGACUCUGGCUUAUCUUCUUCCUGCUAUUGUGCACAUCAACCACCAGCCCUAUCUGGAGAGGGGAGACGGCCCAAUUUGUCUUGUGGUUGCUCCAACCAGAGAGCUGGCUCAGCAGGUUCAACAGGUUGCACAUGAAUAUGGCAAAUCUUCCCGUAUCAAAAGCACCUGUGUCUACGGUGGAGCACCCAAAGGACCACAGAUUCGAGACCUCGAGAGGGGUGUUGAGAUCUGUAUCGCCACACCUGGUCGCCUCAUUGACUUCUUGGAGAGCGGGAAAACGAACCUGCAGCGCUGCACCUACCUAGUGCUGGACGAGGCUGACCGCAUGCUGGACAUGGGCUUUGAGCCACAGAUUCGCAAGAUAAUCGAACAAAUCAGGCCUAAUAGACAGACUCUGAUGUGGAGCGCAACCUGGCCGAAGGAGGUCCGGCAGCUUGCCGAGGACUUCCUGAGGGACCAUGUCCAGAUUAAUAUUGGCGCUCUGGAACUCAGUGCCAACCACAACAUCCUGCAGAUUGUCGAUGUCUGCAUGGAUAAUGAAAAGGACCAGAAACUCUUUCAGCUGAUGGAGGAGAUAAUGGCUGAAAAAGAGAACAAAACCAUCAUCUUUGUGGAGACAAAGAAGCGCUGUGAUGAACUUACCAGGAGGAUGAGGCGGGACGGGUGGCCAGCUAUGUGUAUCCAUGGAGACAAGAGCCAGCCAGAAAGAGACUGGGUACUUGCAGAAUUUCGCAGUGGUAAAGCUCCGAUACUGAUUGCUACCGAUGUGGCCUCUCGUGGUCUGGAUGUGGAAGAUAUCAAGUUCGUCAUCAACUAUGAUUAUCCAAACUCCUCCGAGGAUUAUGUGCACCGUAUUGGACGUACGGCCCGCAGUACCAACACGGGCACUGCCUACACCUUCUUCACCCCAGGGAACUCGCGGCAGGCCCGAGACCUUGUCCGGGUGCUGACGGAGGCCCGGCAGGCUGUCAACCCCAAACUGCUUCAGCUCGUGGAUUCAGGGCGUGGUGGAGGCAGUAGCAGAAUGCGUUACCGUGGCAGCAGCUCCUACAACUCAAACAACAUGUACCAGGGGGGUUGUGAUCGCCGCAUGCAGACCCGUGGCGGCGGCGGUGGCAGCGGCGGUGGCAGCAAAGACAACCGCAGUGGCUUCAACCGUGGCGGCCGCAACAACCAUGAUGGAGACCGCUCCACCUCCUCCUCCUACAGAAGCCAGGAUCACAGGAAUAGUUACAACUCUGGCUCAGAUCAGUACCAGAGUCACAGCGGGGGCUACAACUCCCGCAGAGGGGGCCAGUCCGGUGGAGGUCAGGGUCAGUCUAGCCAGCCGCAGGUUCUGUUUAACCAGCCUCCUCCUGCUCCUCCAUCAUCAGGGGGGCCGCUGCCUCUGAUGGCUCGCCCCUUUGCUCCACCACAGCCAGCGCUCAAAGGCAUCAUGGCGCAACCGCCUUACCCUUUUGCCUCUCCACCCCCUCCUCCCACAGGCCCUCCUCCCCGAAAGUAGAAUUAUAAGAAGGAAGCAAUGAGUUAAUUUGUGCUACUUAAUGUGCUCACAGUAUAACUUUGUUUUUACUCUUGUCAUCUCCAAGAGUUUGAGGGUUUGAGAAGGCAUUAUAUCGAAAGGGGUAAGGGCUUUUGUUUCAUACUUUUUAAUACAACUAAACAUUUGAACUUUUCCGCUUAUUUUUUUUAACCUUGAUGGUCACUUACCACAGUCUCAUACAGUUGCUCUCAAACACGUAACGUGGAGCAACAAAGUUCUUGUGUGUUCAUGUCUAUCAAACACUGCAGCAGAGGAUCCUUCCUGUUGUCUCUUGCUAGUUGACGCUGUAUUAGGAUUUGGUUAGAAUGAAUACGAGCAUACACUAAGGCUGCACUACGGGCCUGAAUGUGCUGGUGUGUGGGGGAAAAGUAUUAUUUUUUAAUUCCAGAGUCAUGUCUUUAUUAAGUUCAAAGUAUUUUACUUAUUCUGUUGUAUUCUAAUUGUUGCAUUGAUUUGAGGUUUGUGUUAUUCUGAACACUGAAGCAGUGCAUCGGAGUUGUGAAUCUUUUAAUACCAUUUAACCACUAUUUCAGUUUUCUUUAGUGUAAUGGACUGUCACACUAGGUUUUCUCUUUACUUUGUCCUGUAGCAAGUUAAAACAGAUGUCUAUCUAAUUGUUACUGUUACCCUCAUAUUGUUUCAUUAAGCAUAUGAGCUGAUGCUGACUUAUUUUCAUGUGGAUUGUUUACUUAAUGGCAGUUUUUCUUCUUUCAUUCAUUGUUUUUUCUUAAAUAAAAGAAUUAAAGCGG